AAGGACAUGGAGGCAGUGGGAGGGACAGAAACCACCUGGGGAAGGUUGUCCAACCCAUGGAAGGUCAAGGAGCUGUGUGGGAAAGGAGCAGUUUGGGGAGGGGUUGGUAGGGAAAGGCAAGGGGGACACUGGAACUCUCAGCUCUCCAUUUGGGGAGCUGCAGAGCUCCUGGUGAUAAAUGGCACAGGCAGCAGAGUUUGGAUUGGUCCUUUUUCCUGUUUAGAAGAAAAGAGUCAGGGAGAAAACAGGGUGGGUGACCUUCAGUGGGAAGGCUGGGGAACACAUUGUAAAUGUUCUUUUUAUCUUGUUGCAGGACUCUGUUUUUUCGAAAGAACUCCUCGUUCACAUGUAUAUUACUUCGAUGAUGGUGUCGAGCUUUCUGGUUUACCAACAACAAAAUUAGACGCAGUGAACACAGAAGUUAAACAACACUAUUGGAUUUUCUCUGAGUUGCUUCCUGACCUGCGGGUCAUGUUCUUAAACACCAUCACAGCUGUUAUGAGAGACAGAAACCUCUUUCAAGAGCUCAGCCAGAACAUGGAAGGAGUUCUUGAGAAAACUGAUGGUUAUGAGCUGAAAACUGAAAGCCCAGAUUUAAAAGACCUGUUCAGCACCUUAAAGAAUUCUCCAAGGGAUCGUCGUCUUCUGCUGGCAAAGGGAAUAACCUACACCCUCGAUGCUUUGGCUGAGCUACUGGACCAUCAGCUGCUGCUGCUGCUGGAAUCCUUAGAAAGGAAGAUUGUGUCCCAACAGCUGCAGCUGGUUGGAAAACUCCUGGAGUAUAAGCAGAAGAAGGUGGAUAUGCCUUUCCAUGUGGAUGCCAGCCUGCUCUCCUUCCUACCGCAGGAGGAUCAGAGCUUAACCAUGGCCCUGGUGGAGCUGAGCAGAGUGAAGCUCCAGGAAGAUGGAUCAGCUGUGCCCAUGGAACGGCCCUUCGAGGUUGUGGCUGCCCUGUACGUGGCCCUGUACACCCUCAGCCUCCUCAGUGGCCCCAAGUAGGCACCUGGCCCUGCCCAGGAAAUCCCUCCCCAAGCUGCUGGGAAACCUCUGCCCACCAGCCACUUCUCUCCCCAAGUGUCAUCCUUGUUAAUGCUCAAGGCUGCUUUGGCUGAGAAAAGCAAACUUAAGGCAGGAAACCUCAUUAUGGAUGCAAAAGGCUGGAUAUCAAAGUGGAUUUCUCUGGUUGUCCCCCACUGAAAGCAGAGGGAGAACGAGAAAAUCCACGAGCCCAAAUAAUCACAGGCCUGGCAGCUGUGCCUCAUGUGCUUCCCUAAAAACGCUGCUGCUUCUGCAAUCAAUGAAUGGGAAAGGGAAGGGCAAGGGAAUGCAAA